AUGGGAUUCCUUGGAUUCUCCAAAUCCAAUCCAAGAAGUUAUUGGAUUGCUAGUGCAAUAGUUCUUGUUAUCAUUCUCAUAAUCAUCUUAAAGAAGUUGAUAGUUUAUCUAGAUUGUAAAGGCAAUAGCCAACUUUCGAAAACCAAACCUGAUGAAGAAAAUCAAGUUAGUGUUGAUUCAAAUGGUACUAUAAGAACUUAUGCACUAGAAGAAUUGAAAAUGGCAACCAAAGACUUCAAAAUUCGAAUUGGUGUUGGAGCUACUUCAUAUGUUUAUCGUGCUGAGUUUGGAGAUGGAAGAUUAGGCGCGGUGAAGCGUGUUAUGGAGGAAAGAGGUGGAGAAACAAAGAUGUUCUUGGAUGAAGUCUCUGUCUUGCUCAGGAUAUCACAUCCUAACUUGGUUGGUUUAAUGGGAUUUUGCUUGGAUAAAGGAGAACAAUUACUACUUUUGGAGUAUGUUCCUAACAAAAGCCUCUUUGAGAGGAUGCACACAUACCAUGGCCAAUCCUCUGGUACAUUAUCAUGGUCUAAUCGUCUAAACAUCGCGUUAGAUGUUGCUCGUGCUCUUGACUAUCUCCAUUCAGUAGCUGAUCCUCCUGUCAUACACAGAGACGUUAAAUCAUCAAACAUUCUGUUAAUCAACGAUGAUCACGCCAAGCUUGCAGAUUUCGGGCUAUGCAAAUUAGGCAAUGAUGUUAUAAGCGCGACUACACCUACUAAAGUAAAAGGUUCACUCGGUUAUGUUGACACAUAUUACCUUAACACGGGCCUCGUGUCACCAAAAAGUGAUGUUUAUAGCUUCGGAGUGUUACUUAUCGAGCUCAUUACAGGGCUCAAGUCAGUACAAGGCUCGAUGACGCUUGCUGAAUGGACUGAGGAAUGUAGGGGGAAAAAUGAGAAUGUUGAGGUGUUAAUUGGUAUGUUGGAUCCAAAACUCAAUGGUAAUGUUGAUAUAGAACAGCUAAGAGUUUUGGUUGAUGUGGCUAAUUCAUCUUUACUUGAAAAUUGUGAAGCAAGACCAAACAUGGCACAAAUUGUCUAUAAAAUUUCAUGUUGUAUGGAGCCUCAAUGUGUACAUGAAUUACCUGUGUAGAACUAAGAAGUGGUUGUAAUUAGUACUACAAGUUUGUUGUUUUUUUUUGGGUUCCAACCGACUGUCCUGUGUCUGAUAUCCGCAUUGGAGUCAGACUAUUCUGGAUUCACGCUAUGUAGGGCCCAUAAAUGUAAAACCAUCUAUCUGUUCUAGUCAAUCCUUGUAUGUAUUUUUUUUUAUUUUUUUUUGUAUAGGAACUCACUCUAUAAGAGUUUUAUUCAGCUUUUCUAGUGAAGCAAUUUGGAUAAAUAAUCCAAAAAAACUUAAGGUGAUAGUAAAGUGGUACAUAAUCUUCAUAUAUACAUUAUAAAUUUCAAUUUUCAAUUCUUUUUGUUGGUUUACUUAUCUUCUUUGAAGUAUAUUGGUAGGAAAAUAAUUACGGUAGUAUGCUGUUAAUGUUUACACGUCAUCAUACCUUUAAGGUGUAAACUUUGCUAAAACAAAAUGUUUUACGCACCGAGUUAUCUUUUAUGACGACACUAAACAUGGCUUAUAAAUGUUGUCAUGUCCUAUCCUGCCUCGUUUAGUUGUCUACCCAUUUAAAAAAAUUUGAUAUUUAAAUAAAAUUCGGUUAUUAUAAGUAGAAGAUAUGUUAAAUUGUAAGCUUAUAAAAAAUAUAAUA